CGGGUCCUCAGCUGCAGCCGCAACAGUAGCAGCGUGCUCCCGCGCGCUGCAGUCUUUUUGGGGAGGCAGCUAGCCGGGCAGGCUCGUGCGACGGUGGCCGAGAAGGACCCUUUCCUGCAGUGGAAGCGACGGGAGCGCGUGGCAGCCCGUCCGCCGAGCCCCAGGUCCCAGGCGGUGCGAGUCUUCGUCCAGGCGCCCGAGCCAUGUCCGUCAGCGAGAUGUUCAUCACCUUGCAGGGGGUGCUCACUGCCGACCAGGAUAUCCGCGAGGAGAUUAGAAAAGUUGUUCAAGCUCUGGAGCAAACAGCCCGAGAAAUUCUGACAGUGCUUCAAGGAGUCCACCAGGGUUCUGGAUUUCAGGACAUACCAAAGAAAUGCCAGAAGGCUCGGGAACACUUUGGUACUGUUAAAACACAUUUGACUUCUCUGAAAACGAAGUUUCCUGCAGAUCAAUAUUACAGAUUUCAUGAACAUUGGAGAUUCGUGCUCCAACGAUUGGUAUUCUUAGCAGCCUUUGUUGUCUAUCUGGAAACAGAAACCUUGGUGACACGGGAAGCUGUUACUGAAAUUCUUGGAAUUGAAGCUGAUAGAGAAAAAGGCUUUCAUCUGGACAUUGAGGAUUAUCUUUCUGGAGUAUUGACUCUUGCAAGUGAGCUGUCCAGGCUAGCAGUGAACAGUGUAACAGCUGGGGACUACUGUCGGCCACUCCGCAUCUCUGUUUUCAUCAAUGAGUUGGAUUCAGGAUUCCGCCUUCUCAAUUUGAAAAAUGACUCCCUGAGGAAACGCUACGAUGGCCUCAAGUAUGACGUCAAGAAGAUAGAAGAGGUGGUUUAUGAUUUGUCAAUCAGAGGACUCAGCAAAGCGGCAACUGGAGGUGCUGGUGAGGAGAAAUAGAAAAGGCCUCACUGAACUGCAUCCAUGAUUACCUCAGUAAUGUGGCCAAUGAAACAGAAGCUCUAACUGAGCUCUCUAGCAGUAACCUAGAAGAACCACAAACUGCAAACUAUGUUUUCCCCCAACUGAAUGCUUAGUAUGUCUGACAGAAAACCUUCAAAACUGUUCUGUGAAUGCCCAUCUAGUGGACUCUGUUUGCAGUAUAGGUUACCAUAGUAUAAACUGUAUUUGUGAAUUAUGACACUGUUGUCUAAUAGUCUUGCAGUCCCAAACAUGGAAAUCAGUUGCUAGUGUAUCCUAGUGCCAUGCUGAGCUGAAUCUUUCUGCAUCUCCCCAUAAUUCACAUUUAGUGCAAUGAACGCUCAUUUAAAAAGAAGUACUUGACUCCAACGUGUGUAAAUAUGUUUAUCAUUAAAAUGAGAUCAGGAUGCUUCAUUUUCUGUUCGUGUUAGUAAGUCAGACUGAUUGUAAGAUUUCAGAUUUAGCAUAAUUGGAUAAGUAAAGAUGUUAGAAAUUUAUUUCUAAAGAAUCGUUAUAUAGUACAGAGACAUCUAUAUUCUGAAACAAGCUGAUUCUUAGACUUUGGAAAGAACCGUGAACUAUUCCUAAUGCACGCGUGCAUAUAUAUACACACACACAGACACACUGUGUGUGUGUAUUCGGUAUAUAAAUAUGCAUAUUCCUAGUCUAUGUCCAGUUUUUAAAAAGUUGAGAACAUGUGUAUGUGGUUUAGUAGAGGGCAAAGAGAGAUGCAAGUAACUUGCUUAGAAUCUGCACUCGAGUCAGGCAGCUAGCAGGCCAUUGCAUUCUAAGUGGCCCAUUCAAUGUUUCUUUUGUUUUGUGUUGCAUCUUUUAAAAUAAGAUCCUAAGUAGAUCUUCAGUGAACAGACACAUACGUAAUCCAAAUAAGAGAGACAAAUUGUUAUCUAAACCCUAACGUUCAUCUGACUGCAGGUUGUUUUCAUUCAACUCAUUUCCAGCAGGCAUAUAUAAGAUCACAGCCUUAGAACAGUAAGAUGCAGAUGUUUAGUAAACUGACCUUAUACCACCACUUAUUCCGCUUCCUCUCCUAUGUUAAUAUUUGAUCCCCAUCUUCACUUCCAUUCAGGCAUAAACUACAUGCUGUUUCUGAAAUGUAUGAUGAUGUGUUUCUUAUCUGAUUGUUUUCCAUAUGGCAUGUUUUAUCUCAUCAUUCUCUAUUGUCUGGAAGCUUUUUUUUUUAGAAAGAUUAUCUCCAAAGAAUAAGAAAAUCUUUGUACGUUAUGGUAACUGUUGUAAAUAUCCUUGUUUAUAAAGCUUUUCCUUGUUCUGGUUGCAGUUUUUGAAAUGUUCACUGGGAAGCAAAUACUUCCUUUGUUUAAGUCGGUAAAUAAAAAUAGACACUUUUUAAACAUG